UCACCCACUCCAGUCUCUCAUAUUAUCAGUCAGUGACAGUUCAAGGCUGCAGAAACACUACAGCAGAGAGCCGAACAGCACGUCUCAGGAAAUCCACUGCAGCCACACAGAGAUGUGCAUCAGCAAGCAAACGCUCAUAACAUGGCUGCUGUGCUGCUGUGCCAUAUCAGACCAGGCAUCCAACAUGUCAGAGACAACAUCAACAAAAACAUCAACCUCCUCAAAAGAAAACACACCCACUCUUCCUCACAAAACUACAGCGUCCACUGGGAUUACUUCAACCGCAUCAACGGGUCCAUUAAUCACUGAACCCGUCACAAGAUCAAUGCAGACCACCACUGGUACUAGUGAAGCCAUGACCCUUCCUAGGAGCACCAUCAGCAAUGAAAUGAUUUCGCCAGAUACAUCAUCAACAAACAUCUCCUCAACAAUUUCAUCUACUACACCUUUGUUUACAACGACUGAAGGUCAGAAUUUGACUGGGACUGAAGAAACAUCCUUACAUGGGACAAUGUCGACCACUGGCACCACCACAACUGACUCCAUGACCAACGCCAUCAGUACCUCCACGACCAAUGCCAUUGGUACCUCCACGACCAACACCAUCGGUACCUCCACAACCAAUGCCACCAGUACACCCACGACCAAAGAUACCCAUACCUCCAUGACCAACACCAUCAGUCCCUCCACGACCAAUGCCAUUGGUACCUCCAUGACCAACACCAUCGGUACCUCCACAACCAAUGCCACCAGUACACCCACGACCAAAGAUACCCAUACCUCCACGACCAACACCAUCAGUCCCUCCACGACCAAUGCCAUUGGUACCUCCAUGACCAACACCAUCUGUACCUCCACAACCAAUGCCACCAGUACACCCACGACCAAAGCCACCCGUACCUCCACGACCAACACCAUCGGUACCUUCACGACCAAUGCCAUCAGUACCUCCACGACCAACGCCAUUGGUACCUCCACGACCAACGCCAUCGGUACCUCCACGACCAAUGCCAUCAGUACCUCCACGACCAACAGCAUUGGUACAUCCACGACCAACACCAUUGGUACCUCCACAACUCCAGCUGCUGAGACUGUAAAGACUAUUACAACUGCUGGUACAAGUCUAACAACAGUUCCGCCACAUCACUAGAGAAAUUAAAGAACAACACACUGAGUCCAGGAGGAACUGCAGCCAUUGUGCUUUUUUCCAUUAUAUUUUUAAUCCUAAUUGCAGUCCUGAGUUAUAAAGCUUACAAAAACAACCAUAAACAGUAUGAACAUCUACUGGACUAUAACGACUUCAGCGUGACAGCCAACUUCCCCAACCCUGUGUAUAAUCCUUGACAUGUGGUCCUCCAGAACGAGGACGUCCAGCCUCACUGUUUGAUUGUAUGAGAUUGUGAAAUGCAGGAAGGACAUUUCUCUUUUGUACAAACGGCUCAAGUAGUGAAAGAAAUCAUUUUCACAUUUUUUUGAGGUAUGGUGACUGAGAAAUGUAUCUGAGCACCGCUAACCUAAAAAUAGUCCGCUAACUGAAGAAUUUACUGUGAUAACGUUAAACUGAGAAACUGCUAAAACAUUUAGCAGAUGCUACCGCUAACUGCAAACUUUUAUCAUGUGAAUUUAGCUUUAGCUGCUAAAAACAAGAAAAAUUAAACAGCUGAAAUUUUAAUAUGUUGAAGCGUAAACAUGAAGAUUUCCCAACAAAUGUUUAGCGUGCAGAGAUCAGAUGAUGAUCAAGAUGUACGUAAAUAACUACAUUUCUACACAGUACAGAAAGUAUCAAAUGAAUAAGCAGUAUUAACAAAUAAUAAAAAAAAAAACCGUGUACAAUAAUUUUUAUAAUCUGGAGCUAUAUCUUCUUGAGGUGAUGCUUAUUGGCUUUGCAACAGGAACAAAUGUAUGAUUUUAGGGAUUAGAAAUGUUUUUGGCCAUAAAAUGUGACCAUAAAAUUUACUGACAGCAGCAACGGUGAUUCUGGAUACAUCACAACGAACCAUAAAUCGAUAAAGUGGAGCGCAGGCAUGAUGAAAGAAGCCCAAACAUGCUCCUAUCGCUAAGUCUGAACCAGUUAAGCUAACAGGCUAACCUUGGUUCAGAUGUUUAUUAAAUCAUAUUUUAGGGACUGUGCGGUGGUUCUCAUAAGGACUUGCUUUGUUGUACACAUUAAAAAUUAUAAGCCACUUAUUUUCUCAGUAGUUGUGCAUUAACAUGAUGCAACAGAUCAGGUUACAGAUAGUUGCUAAAAGAGCUAAUGCUAUUAGCGUUUCACUCAGUGUGAAAAUUGCAGCAGGGACAACUUAGAUGAUCUGUUAGGACAUUUGUCCACAACAACAAGAUGGAUUAUUCCAGGUGUUUGUAAUAAAAUACUUCAACACAACAGCUAGCCAUAGCAAUAAACAGACACACACUGAGUGUCAGGACUGGUUGACCUGCUGUCACUCAAUGUGACCACACCCCCAAUUAUACAUACGUUUAGGGACUUAAUUUUACUCACAUUCACAGUGAUGUCGGGGUACUGCCAUGCAACGCGUCAACUACACACGGCCAAGGUCGCAGCGGUGAGAGACUGGCCCCAACCUACAAGCCGUAGGAAGCUGCAACAGUUCCUCGGCUUCGCAAAUUUCUACAGGACGUUCAU